CUUACAUGAUAUUCACUUUUCAGAGUCUAAUUAUAGCAAAAUUUGUGUUGAUUUUUAUGGAAAAGUAGGCUUCAAAUACAUACAAAGUUUAAAUGGAUAACAUUGUAACUCAGAAGACUAACAAGUCUGAAUGUUUAAACAAAAACGUUCACCUUGACCCGUUUCUCAUUUUGGCAAAAUCUGCGAAAGGUGCUGCUUUAAAAAGUCUAAUUGAGCAAGUACUUGAAGCACCUGGGGUUUAUGUCUUUGGAGAAUUGCUGGAAUUACAAUGCAUACAACAGUUGGUAAACAGUGAACACAACAAGCAUUUAAAAUUGCUUGAGCUUUUUACAUAUGGGACAUUUCAAGAUUAUGUAAAUCAGGCAUAUGGUUUACCACCUCUAACUCCACUCAUGAAAAAGAAGUUACAUCAAUUAACUGUGGUUGCUUUGUCAGCAAAAUCUAAGUAUGUAUCAUAUGAAUCAUUAAUGAAAGAAUUGCAUUUGAACAACAUACGCGACUUAGAAGAUCUCUUAAUAUCGGCAAUAUAUGCAAAUAUUAUACAGGGAAGAUUGGAUCAGCAGAACUCAAGGUUAGAGGUGGAAUGGGCAAUGGGAAGAGAUGUUCGCACAGAAGAUAUGGAUUCUAUUAUUAACACACUCAACAACUGGUGUUCAAGUUGCGAAACUAUCCUUGGAAGCAUUGAAACACAAACUGCGAGUGCAAAUGCAUUUUUAUCGGAAGAUGCGAUUAGAAGAGCUAAAAUAGACACUGAGGUUGAAAACAUUAUGUCCACGAUAAAGAAGACGAGUUCGCAUGAGAUGGAUCUUGCAACAUCCGACACAAGAUUGUCUUCCUCACAUCCUGCUCCUUCAUCAGGGAUUGAAGUUAAACCAAAAAAAUCGAAAGUAAAAGGAUUAAGAGGAAGUGGUAUGAAACUGUGGUCAUCCAAGAAUACUUCUUGAACAAUUCUAAAUGUCAAUAUUCAUUCAAUGUUCUUACUUUUUGCAAUGUGUUUAUAACAUAACACGGGAUGCUACUUUAUUUAUUUUCAUGUUCAAAUACUUCAUGCUAUAAUUUACGCAAUUUUAAUUUGUUAAAUCUUUAAAAUAUUUCGCUUUUCCAAAAUAACAUCACGAUGUACGUUCUGCUUUAUCGAAGUUCAAAUUCAUUUUUUUCACUAGA